AUGUCCCCCAUGCGUCCUGGUGUAGAGCGCGUGGAGCAGCCACAGGUGGGCUCUCCUUCUGCGCCGUUUGAAGAGACUGAGGUGAAGUCUCUGAGCCUGGUUCAUUCUCCCCGUGAUGUGCUCGUGGAUGUGCGCAUUGCUCGUUUAAAGUAUGAGAGGGAGAAGGAGCGUGUUGGUGCGCCCUCGUGUGGACGGACUGAUAACACCACGGUUUACAUUGAGAAGCCAGAGUUAAUCACUUCUGUGUCCCCUCCACCCACAGAUAAGAAAGCUGGUCGCAAGUUCAGUCUGGCUGGACUUGUGUUAAGUUGCGGCAUACCUGGACCAACCAAACUGCUUGACGAGGUCUCUACCGAAAUCAGACAGUUUGACCCUGGUGUGUCUCGGUUUUUGUCCUUCAUGGGCAUGGCGUUGGCAAUGCUGCUGGCUCUGCAGCGCCUACAUUUUUUGUUGGGUCGCCUUGUGUCCCGGUAA